UAAGAUAGUAAAUUCGGAAGUAGUCGAAUCGCAAUUCAUAUAUAUAUAAUGAAUUUCUUGGAUGGUUAUAUGUCAAAUAUUUCGCAGUAGUCGAAUUACAUACAAUUCGGGUCUAUAGUACCAACGACAAUGGUUAAAUUAAGUUUCGCUUUGGUUUUGGUGUAUGUUUCAGUGUCGAGUCAACAGGCGUUCAACCCUGUAAUCGAAGUCCCAGUCGACAAAGGAUUAACAGAGUACAUAUCAUGGUGGGAAAGUAUUUUUGGAGUUUCAAACACCGAAGAACCAGAACCAGCUCCAACACCAAUUGAUCCAAAAACGUGUCCAGCUUGUGAAUGCGGCGGAGUGAGACAAACGAGAAUCGUAGGAGGUAGCACGGUCAAAUAUGUCAAUCAAUACCCGUGGAUAGCUCAACUCCACUACAAAGGAAAGUUCUAUUGCGGCGGUAGCCUGAUAAAUUCGAAAUAUAUCCUAACAGCGGCUCAUUGUGUUCAUCACUUUGACAAGAAACACAUCACUGUUCGGUUAUUGGAACAUGACAGAAGUGUCGAUACCGAAAGCAAACACAUUACGAGAAAAGUCGAACGAAUCGUCAAACAUAAAAAUUACAAUUCUGGAACUUUCAAUAACGACAUCGCCCUUAUUAAAAUGGAUCAAGAUGUGAAAUUGGGCAAAAGCGCCGAUUACCCUAGUCCUGUUUGUUUACCAACUGAAGUAGGAAAAUCAUUCUCUGGUAUGGAUGGAAUUGUGGUUGGUUGGGGUGCUACUAAAGCUGGUGGUUCGUCUUCGCAAGUUUUACAAGAAGUUUCUGUACCGAUUAUUACUAACGAUGAGUGCAAAAAGACUGGUUAUGGUGAGAAACGAAUUACACCAAAUAUGAUGUGUGCUGGACACGCUGAAGGAGGAAAAGAUUCUUGCCAAGGAGACAGUGGUGGACCUCUGAAAAUAGCCAACAGCUCGUCUUACUAUGUUGUCGGAGUUGUAUCAUGGGGAGAAGGAUGUGCUGAAAAGAAUUACCCCGGAGUAUACACCAGAGUCAAUCGUUACCUCAACUGGCUCAACAACAAUACAGCUGAUGCUUGCCCAUGCCCUUAUAAACCCAGCAGCUACGAAUAAAUAAUUAUUUGCAAUGCACUAGAGACUACAAAUUAAUUUAUUUACUUAUUUAUUCGUUCUCUGAUCUCAUUAUGUUAUUAAGUAUUUAUUGUACAAAUCACUACUUUGAAAAAUGCACUAAGUAAUUAAAUAUUACAUUAUAAAUGGA